GAUCGUGCGCGGACUGACAGUUACAGGAAUGCAAUUUUUCAGCAUCAAAGCUUCAUUGCGGGAAAAGUUGUUGUUGAUGUUGGAUGUGGCACCGGCAUCCUAUCUAUAUUUUGUGCGCAGGCGGGUGCAAGACGAGUGUAUGCUGUUGAUGCAAGUGAUAUAGCUGUCCAGGCAAAUGAAAUCGUGAAGGCAAACAACCUAUCUGACAAAGUUAUUGUUUUGCAUGGGCGGGUCGAGGAUGUUGAAAUUGAUGAAGAAGUUGAUGUUAUAGUUUCAGAAUGGAUGGGUUACAUGCUUCUUUAUGAGAGCAUGCUGGGGAGUGUUAUCACUGCUAGAGACCGCUGGCUGAAACCAGGAGGUCUUAUUCUUCCAUCACAUGCAACGCUCUACAUGGCGCCUGUGACGCAUCCAGAUCGGUAUAGUGAAAGCGUUGAUUUCUGGCGUAAUGUUUAUGGGAUAGACAUGUCUGCUAUAAUGCCGUUAGCAAAGCAGUGCGCGUUUGAAGAGCCAUCGGUGGAGGCAAUAACUGUUGAAAAUGUUUUGACAUGGCCACAAGUGGUGAAGCAUGUGGACUGUUAUACAGUGACAACUUGGGAGCUAGAGUCCAUCACAGCCAGAUUUAAAUUCGAGUCAAUGAUGCGAUCACCCUUUCAUGGUUUUGCUUUCUGGUUUGAUGUGGAGUUUAAUGGCCCAGCAAUAUAUCCUUUGAAUAAUGGUAUCCCACCCUCAUUUGUUGAGCCUUCUAACGGUAACGUGACAGAAGGAAAUCAAAGAAAGAGGCGUCCCAAUCCUAGCGAAGCCGUUAUAUUGUCAACUGCACCAGAAGAUCCCCCGACACACUGGCAACAGACGUUGGUUUACUUCUAUGAACCCUUGGACGUGGAGCAAGAUCAGGUUAUUGAAGGCUCUCUAACAUUGUCGCAAAGCAAAGAAAAUGCUCGAUUCAUGAACAUCCAUCUUGAAUAUUCAUCUGGUGGGCGUUCAUUUGUCAAAGAGUCGGUGAUGCGAUAAAACAAUGUAUGAAAUCUUACACAGUUUCUGAAUAUUAUUCUUGUAAGUUAGGUAGGAAAAUGAAGGUGAGUUCAUGGCAUUUAUACUGCCUUUAUUUUACUUAAAAGCGUUGAAUGUGACAACUUCAUUGCAUAUCUACGCAGUGUAUUAUCUGAAAACCUGUAACGUCUCCGCGAUAAUAUGGUCUUUCCUGAAGCUGUAAUUUGUAGUGUAGAUGUUGGUCUGGUGCUGUAUUAGAUUGCUUUUUAGUUAGUUAAAUUCAUUUGGAUAUGAAAAAGAUAAAAAAGAUUUAUUGAUUUCUGCAGCCA